CGCUUAGCCUUAGACAAAUUUUGUCCGCUUUGAUUCAAAGACGAAUUUUGCAUCCGCUUUGCGAGGUAUUUCUAUUGUGCAUUUUGUCGUAUGACAAACAAUACGUCAUCGACUGUUUGUGUUGUGCGAGAACCAGGAAGUGAGAAAAAGAAAUGUGCAUGACGAUUGUGACGCAAUGAGCAUGUGCAUAACGAUUUCACAGUCCGGUGAUUAGUGAUUAUAAAAAAUGCGAGGCGUUUGGUCUGACUUCAGUCUACAAUUGAUAGUAUAACGCAGCUCAUAUCAAAAUUUAUCAAACCAAUCCCCAAUCAUGGAAGAAACCUUGGAGAAUAAAACUCCACAUUUGGACGUAACGAUGGCGUGGGAAAAGGCAACAUUACUGAAGAAAGACCUCGAAGAAGGCAAAGGUUGGACCCAAAGAUAUCAUGUUCCAAAUAAGUUUAAUUCCUGGAGCAAAACGUUUCCGAGCGAAGAUGUGCCUGUAAAAACAGUUUACUGCUUCAAGAAUAUGCCGAUGUCCGCCGAGACAUUUAUCGAGAUGAUGAGCCCGAAGAAUCUGGAAUUACGCUCAAAAUGGGAUACAACCACAGCUUUGGAGCUAUUGGAGAGGCUACCAAAUGGCGGGUGUAUUCUUCGCUCAGUAAUCCCUCUAUCCUUUCCUCUCUCGAGUCGAGAUUACAUUUUGUAUUGCUCUCCCCCGUACGAAAACAAUGAUUGGUUUGGAAAAAAGGCUUUUGGGAUUUUCUUUCUGGAUUCAACAUAUCCCUCUAGGCCUGCAGGGGCCGACGGUAUCGUCCGCGCAACGAAUGGCGGGAAUUUCUAUGUCGCCGUACAGGAUGAGGAGAAGCCUGAGCACGAGUGUGAAACGUUCAUGUUGACUACGAAUAAUUACAACGGUUGGAUUCCUGAUAAGAAUGAAUGGAUGGUCGCCAGAAAAGCACCUCGUGUUUUCUCUCAGAUAAGACAGUGCGUUGUUGAAGGAUACAAUCAAUACUUUAAAGGAGUUUGAAUCGUGUUGGUUUGACUGAUGUUAGUGGUUCAAACUAUUCAAAAAGGAGUUGCAUUAUGGAUUAGGCGAUGACUCUAAAUAUUACCGAGCACAUGGGAAGAUUACUCGACUGUUUUUAUAUUUUUGUAUUUGUAUUUAUA